AUCCAUAUAUGGCUGUAGCCUGUACUCUGUAGAGCCACUCAUUUUUACGAGCUGAAAGAAGUCUUCUGGGAAGCUUAAAAGCAAUUCCCUUUCUUUAUCCAUUCAAAUUACAGUUUGGAAUAUCUCAAUUCCUGCCUCCUUCCUUGCUCCGAUCGUGGUUGGCUUCAACUUCAUGAAAAUCAAACAUUUCCUGUUUCCAUAUCCCCCGGUCCACUUUUAUCUCUUAAUGCUCUCCAAUCUCUUCAAACUUGUAUUCCCUUUUACAAGUACCACAUCCUUCAACUUCCCCAGUUUCAAUUCUCAAGAUAAAAACAUAUCAUAUGAAAGAGCUUUCGCCGAAAACAAAGUUAUUCAACUCACCGCCAUUCGGGACCAACCAUGGACCGUGGGUCGCGCUACAUAUUACAGUCCAAUGCACCUUUGGGACAAUGCCUCAACAAACCUCGCAGAUUUCACUACCCAUUUUUCUUUUGUCAUCGCUGCCACUACGCCAAAUAAAACUGCAUAUGCAGACGGGCUUGCGUUCUUCCUAGCACCUGUUGAUUCACAGAUUCUCGAUACAAGAUAUAGUGGUGGGACCUUGGGUCUUACUUCCUAUGAUCUAGCACUAAACUCGACGAAAAAUGAUUUUGUCGCAGUGGAGUUUGAUAUCUAUCAAAAUUAUUGGGAUCCGCAGGGCGAACAUGUCGGUAUUGACAUCAAUUCCAUGGAAUCUGUUGCUAAUGCGUCGUGGUGGAGUAUUAUCUCGAUUAGAGAAGGGAAAAAAAAUGAAGCUUGGAUCAGUUAUAAUUCUACUUCUUAUAAUUUGAGUGUUGGCUAUACAGGUCUAGAAAACAAUGUCACUGUAUGGCAGUUCCUUUCUUUUAAUGUUGACUUGAGAAAACACCUACCCGAAAAAGUCACUUUUGGAUUCUCAGCUGCAACAGGAUAUUCUUCUGCAGUGCAUACCAUAUGUUCGUGGAAUUUCACUUCCAGUUUGCAAAUUGAUGAUACCAAAACUAACCCAAAAGUGGUAGGUGCUCCAUCUCCAAGCCCCGUUCUAACCCCCAAACCGAGGGGAAACAAUAAGUUAGGAUUAGGCGUGGGUUUGGGUGCUGGUGGAUUGUUUUCGGUUGUCGGGUUGGCUUUGGUUCUCUUGGUCUUGUGGAAGAGGAGUGGGAGGGAUAAAGAAGACGAUCGUGCCUUUGCUGAGUACAUGGAUGGCGAAUUCCAAGAGGGAACAGGGCCAAAAAGGUUCUCAUUCAAGGAAUUAACUCGUGCCACGAAUAAUUUUAGUAAUGAAGAAAAGCUAGGCCAGGGAGGAUUUGGUGACGUUUAUAAAGGAUUUUUAAGAGACUCCAAUAUCUUUGUUGCUAUUAAAAGGGUAUCAAAAGGGUCUAAGCAGGGGAUGAAGGAGUAUGCAGCAGAAGUAAAAAUCAUCAGUCGAUUGAGACAUAGGAAUUUGGUGCAACUCAUUGGUUGGUGCCACGAAAGAAAAGAACUCCUACUUGUUUAUGAGUUUAUGCCGAAUGGAAGCUUAGAUUCUCAUCUUUUUAAAGAAGAAAGGUUGUUGAUCUGGGAAGUGAGGUACAAAAUAGCUCAAGGCUUGGCAUCUUCCUUGCUUUACCUGCAUGAAGGAUGGGAACAAUGUGUGGUGCAUAGGGACAUAAAAUCUAGCAACAUUAUGCUUGAUUCAAACUUCAAUGCUAAACUUGGGGAUUUUGGCCUAGCUAGGCUUGUGGACCAUGCCAAAGGUUCACAAACUAUUGUUUUGGCCGGCACCUUUGGCUACAUGGCUCCCGAAUGUGUCACCACUGGCAAGGCAAGCAAAGAGUCAGAUGUGUAUAGUUUUGGAAUUGUAGCUUUAGAGAUAGCUUGUGGAAGGAAACCAAUCAACCCCAAGGCCCCUGAAGAUCAAGUUGCUUUGGUGGAGUGGGUUUGGGAGCUUUAUGGAAAAGGAGAUGUGCUUGAAGCAGCUGACCCAAGGCUAGGUGGUGACUUUAAUGGGGAGCAAAUGGAGUGCUUGAUAAUUGUUGGGAUGUGGUGUGCUCACCCUGAUCGCAACCUUAGGCCUUCAAUUAGGCAAGCAAUUCAUGUUUUCAACUUUGAAGCUCCAUUACCUGUUCUCCCGUCAAGAAUUCUCGGGCCAGCAUAUCUUCCUCCAGCAGUGAAUAGAUUUUCAACGCCACUUUCAAUGUCCAAUGUUGCUACCGAUUUCGAGGGUAGAAAAACGCAAUAUUCAAGCUAUAGUCAGAGCUAAUUCCUCACCAUUCACCUCAUCUUCUAUUGUACUUGUAUGAACAACCUAAUAGCCCCAAACUGCGCACUUGGGAUGGAUUUGACAUCGUUUCAAGGGAAAGAAUGUGUUAUCAGCAGCAGAAUGUGUUAUUGUUUGCUUUUUCAAAAUUGUUUGGUUCUUGCACUAAUAAUGAAGUUGAACUUCGGGCAAUUGUAGUGGGAUUAAAAUUCUGCCAGCAGUUGGGCUA